GUAUAUAUUAUGUAAAUGAUCAACAUGACCAGCUGAGUCGAUUUAGCUAUGCCCGUCUGUCUAUAGAUAGUUAUCUACACUAUAUAUGAAAUUUGACAUAAGUUCUUUUCUGCGCAAGUAGCUGCUCAUUUGGAGGAAACGGAGGGACGCUGUCAUUGAUCUGUCAUAAUUAAGUGCAACGUUUUUGUUAAAUAUCUUCAUGAAAUUUGGCACAUAUUUUGGUUCAAAGCAGUACUAAAAUCUCCAAACAAAUUGUUCGGAUAGGUUCACUAUAGCAUAUAGCCGCCCUACAGCCUGACCGAUACAAAUCAAGUUCUGUGUCGAAACCUAUUUUAUUUGACAAGAUAUCUUCACGAAACUUGUGCUUCAAAUAUCAAAACAAAAUAGUAUAAUAUUAAGCAAGCUAGCACCUUUUAACGCGAGGAAAUGAAAUCUUUCAAUUAAAAUUCGUGUAAUAUAGAACGCGCCUAAAAUGAAGAGUUCUACUGGUAUCUACAGUGUACUUCGGUAUACGAAAUCAUUAAUAUUUGUGAUAUCAAUAUCGGUAGCCUUAUUCACACAAACAACCGCAGAUGAACGAUUCACACGAAGCUCUAACCGAAGCGGGUUAACCGUAUCCACACAUGAUCUCACAAUUAUAGUAAAAAACACAAAAACAUUUGACGUUCUAAUCAGGGAUCCAUUGGAACAGGACGUAUUUGUCCAAUUGGUAAAACAACAUGAGACUUUAGUAGAAUUGGACCCUAACUACUUCACAAUUAGUGCAUCGAAUCCACAAAAUAGAACAGUUAGCGUACGAGGACUCCAACUUGGACACCUAGAAGUUACAGCGACGAGCUUACCCGACGAGUCUUGGAUUGUUGACGAUUUAUUUGUACGCAUAACUGUUGCAAAGUCGGAGCCGAUUAUUUACACAUCAAUCGUGUUCGGUUGGAUUUAUUUUGUGGCCUGGUCCAUCUCGUUCUAUCCGCAGAUUUUCAUUAAUUUUAGACGAAAAUCUGUAAUUGGACUCAAUUUUGACUUUCUAGCACUCAACAUUGUUGGUUUUACACUAUAUAGUGUUUUCAAUUGUGGCCUCUAUUGGGUACCCAGCAUACAGGACGAAUAUGCCAGUCGACAUCCACGUGGUAUGAAUCCAGUUUUAUUGAAUGAUGUCGUAUUCGGUUUACAUGCGAUGUUUGCGACAGCCAUUACAAUUAUCCAGUGCUUUUUAUAUGAGCGCGCCGAACAAAGAGUCUCCAGAAUCGCGUCAGGUAUAUUAGCCGCAAUCGCGAUAAUUGUUUUGGUUACAUUAAUUCUAGCCAUUACUGGUGUUGUGCAGUGGCUGGAUUUUCUAUACUACUGCAGCUACAUUAAACUGGCGAUGAUCAUCAAAUAUGUGCCCCAGGCGCUGAUGAACUAUCGCCGUAAGAGCACUACUGGCUGGAGUAUUGGUAAUAUUCUGUUGGAUUUCACUGGCGGUUUGCUCAGCAUGUUGCAGAUGAUCUUGAACGCAUACAAUUAUAACGAUUGGGUGUCAAUUUUCGGUUCUGUGACGAAAUUCGGCAUGGGUCUAUUCUCCGUGCUCUUCGAUGUGUUAUUUAUUCUUCAACACUAUGUGUUUUACAGGCACUCCCAGCAGCUUUCCAUCUCUACGACUACUAACGCCACAGAAGUGGUUACAGAUAAAGCUGAUGAGCAACCGCGCUAUUAGUUUUACUUUUUUAUGUUUUAGUUUUUGUUUUUAAUAUUUAUUUUGUUAAUGCGUGUUAAGCACUCAUGUGUAAAUGUGUAUAUUCGCACACUUUUCUUGUACUUAAGAUGUAUGUAUAUACAAAUAAAAGUAUACAAUUUAGUACUUUUAA